AUGAUCAAUGGCGUUCUGAAGAAUGAGCUGGGCUUUCAGGGGUUCGUCAUGAGCGAUUGGUUUUCGCAAAUGUCUGGUGUCGACGCUGCAAUUGCGGGCCUCGAUAUGGCCAUGCCCGGAGAUACCCAAGUGCCCCUGUUCGGUUACAGCUACUGGAUGUACGACCUGACCCGCUCCGUCCUGAACGGCUCGGUCCCCAUGGAUCGUCUAAACGACAUGACCACGCGCAUUGUCGCGACAUGGAUCAAGUUCGGACAAGACAAGGGCUUCCCCAAGGUCAACUUCCAUCUGCUGUCCAACGACGCUGUGGGAGAUCUCUACCAGGCCGCCUGGCCCUUCUCGCCCCGAGGUGUUAUCAAUGAGUUUGUGCAAGUCCAAGCGGACCACAACCUCGUCGCACGAGAGGUUGCUCAAGAUGCCAUCACCCUGCUGAAGAACAAUGGCAGUCUUCUUCCGAUCGCGACAUCUCGUUCCAUCAAGGUCUUUGGCACCGCUGCACAGACAAAUCCCGAUGGCCCCAAUGCGUGCGACUUCCGCAGCUGCAACAAGGGUGUUCUCGGCAUGGGUUGGGGGUCAGGCGUGGUCGACUACAUGUACAUUGACGAUCCCAUCGGCGCACUGCGCAAGCGUGCCGGCAACGUCGAGUACUUUGCGACAGACAACUUCCCGCGGGUGCCAACGCCCAACGCGAACGAUGUGGCCAUCGUCUUCAUCACUUCGGACUCUGGCGAGAACUCCUUUACCGUCGAAGGCAAUAACGGUGACCGCAACUCCGCCGGGCUUCGAGCUUGGCACAACGGCGACCGUCUCGUGAAGGACGUUGCCGCGGCUUACAGCAACGUCAUCGUCGUUGUUCAGACUGUCGGCCCCAUUCUCGUUGAAGAGUGGAUUGACCUGCCCAGCGUCAAAUCCGUGCUCUUCCAGCACCUUCCUGGACAAGAAGCUGGCGAGUCGCUCACCAACGUCCUCUUUGGCAAUGUUUCGCCUUCGGGUCACCUUCCCUACAGCAUCACGCGUCGCGAGAAGGAUCUUCCCGAGAGUGUCACCAAGCUCACGGGCGGUUCGACCGGACAGCCGCAGGAUACCUUCUCCGAGGGUCUUUACAUCGACUACCGUUAUCUGAACAAGAACGGCAUCAAGCCCCGCUUCGCUUUCGGACACGGCCUGUCCUACACAAGCUUCAACUUCACGAACCCCUCCAUCAGCGCCGUGACACAGCUGUCACGUACCCCACCCGCGCCCCCGUCGCGAGCCCCCGUCCUCAACUUCAACCAAGCCAUCCACCCCUGGCAGCAGGGCGUUGUGCCCGCCGGGUUCAGCAAGAUUUUCCGUUACCUCUACUCGUGGUGCACCGAAGGCGAGGCCAAGCAGGCCGUCCGCGACCGUGAAGACGGCAAGAAGUACCCGUACCCGCCCGGCUACACAACGGUGCAGCCAUCCGCGGUCCCAGCCAGCGGCGCCUCGGGCGGCAACCCCCGGCUGUUUGACGUCGCGUUCCGCGUGUCGGUGACGGUGCGCAACACGGGCGCGACGCACACGGGCCGUGCCAGCGUGCAGGCGUACGUCCAGUUCCCCGACGGCGGCCCGGAGACGCCGAUUGUGCAGCUGCGCGACUUUGAGAAGACGUCGAGGCUGGCGCCGGGCGGCAGUCAGGUUGUCACGCUGGCGCUGACGAGGAAGGACCUCAGCAUCUGGGAUGUCGUGAGCCAGAACUGGAUCGUCCCGUCGCCGGGCGGGCGGUACAAGAUCUGGAUCGGCGAUGCCAGUGAUAGGCUGUUUACUGCUUGCUACACGGACACGGGCAGGUGCGAGAGCGGACUUCAGAGCCCCGUGUAA